AUGACACGAACCACCCGCCGUUCUGUAGAUAAAGAUCGUACAAAAGCCGAAGAAAUGCCCCCUCCUCCUCCUCCUCCACCUUCUGCGACUACUGCGACUGCUGCGACUGUUGUUGCUGCUCCACAAGCUAAACCUUCGACCAAACCCAUACUCGAAGUAUCAGAAGCCCCCAUCACAGUCCACAAACGUAUCCGAGCUCCCCUCCUCGAUAAAGUCUUCGAGAAAUCUUUAAAGGCCUCGUUAUCCGGUAUAACACCCGAAGCAUGGAACAAAUGUUUCCCUACACCUACAGUUAGACGUCCGGAGCAGAUGAAGGAAGUUAGAAAGAAGUUUUGCGAAAUCUACGAGUUGAAUGUUAGGAAAAACUUCCAAGAUAUGAUAUCCUCCAGGAAGUUACUAGCUUCCCUCGAUAACCUGGACAUCCUAAUAUCCGAAGCACAAACUCGUAAAGCUCGAUUUCUUGAAGAAAACCCCCAACCUCCCUUACCCAUGGACCCCCCUCCAAAACCUACACCCGUAGACAAAGAAAAUGGAACCGAUAAACCCCAGUCAGAAGAAAAACCCGCAGAAGCAAGCUCAACAGAAGUAGGAGUCAAGAAACCUGAAGAAAGAGAAGGAAAAGUAGCAGGAGAAGAAGCGAAUAAAUCCGGUGCUUCUCUACCACUACCGAUACACAACUUUACGCCCGAAGACCUCUAUAUGUCGCACCUACACCCUAUUCUCAAACUACAAUCUGCCAGGCUCGAGUCCUUAAAACAAGCACAGCAAUCUUCAAUAGAUGCAUUGAUUAAACGGCGAGAGGAGCAACAGGCAGAAAUGAAACAGCUAAUUGCGACACUAGAGAAGCGCCUAGGUGCGGUCGAUGAAGCUGCUCAGGGUGUCAAGGAGAUACUAGAAAUGGAUGCCGACGAAGAAAUGAUGGAAUAG